GAACAUCGUUGUUUAUCUGGUCAUACAUUACGUGCUAUGAAUGGUUAUAAAUUCGAAAUCACUGAAGAAGCACCAUUAUUUAUGUGUGAACAGAUCAAAGAUGAUAAUGUCAUUGUCAUCGGUCCAACACGUUAUCAAUGGUUACAAUUCAAAAAGGAACAUCCCGAUUGGAUAUUCGAUUCGGCAUUGAACGAUGUGGAAUUAAAUCGAUUACAUGGCAAAUUUUUAACCCUAUGGGCAAAAAUUGGACCAAAACCUUGUGAGAAAUACCGUAUGAAAUAUGUGACACACAAUAUACCUCAAAAAAUUGUUAUCUCAGCUAUUAUCGAGAUAUUCAUGAACGACAUUUAG